AUGGGGCCGUGCCUGACCAAAAUCAAAUCGCAGCGCCAGCCCACCUCCCCACCCUCCUCUCGUCCGUUACGAGACUCACAACCACAACCACAACGACCAUCAUCAUCACAACGACCAUCCCAAUCCCAGUCCCAUCCCUCCCAUCCAUCACAACAAGCAGAACCACAGUCACAGUCACAGUCACAACGAACAUCUCCAUCCCAAUCCCCCUCAACGACCAUCUCCCCAGUCACAGCGACCAUCUCCCCAGUCACAACGACCAUCUCCCAAGUCACAACGACCAUCUCCCCAAUCACAACGACCAUCUCCACAGUCACAACGACCAUCUCCAUCUCAAUCCCAAUCCCGCCCCUCCCAUCCAUCACAACAAGCCCAACCACAACCAGACCCGCUAUUCGGAAGCCCCAUCCCCGCCGCCGUCAUCGCCGCCGCCAGCGCCCAUCCCUUCCACCCGCACCCUAUGGGAUGCUUCUGCCACAACUGCCGCCCGAGCAUGUACUCCGAGUCCGGCACCCAAUGGCGCAUCAGCUCCGCGAGUUCCCCGGGGUUUUUGCAGACCGAUCAUGUCCUGGACUGCAAGUGCUAUCUGUGCGUCAGUGGCUGGGAUGCGGCAGCCCGGAGGUUGGGUGA